AUGAGAGUGCCUGUUUCUUCCCCACACAGCAACAACAACAACCAAUCUCCCAAGCACAGCACCCAGACUAAUAACCAAAGUGUCAACUUUCACCUAGGUAUUUCGAACUUGGGGGGCUACGAGCCCACCUCGGUUCUCGACCUCCGCCACAGCCCCAGCCCUGUCUCCGCCGAGAAACCCUCCAAAAUUUUGGCAAUCUCCGACGUGCUGUCCCACUCGAACCAUGACCCUGUGGAGUGGGAGGAGCAAGUGGACUGGGACUCAAUCAUGAAAGACUUAGGGUUGCACGACGACAACGUCCCGAACCUCAAGAAUUCAAUCCCGCAAUUGAAUUCAAACGAUCCUCAGAUUUCGGAGUACCUGCAUCCUCAACCGUUCGAUCCCACCCAGCUCGUCCACUCCGAUUACAGCAUCAAUCUCUCCGAAGUGUACUCCUCCCAGAAUUGUUACGACCAUGCGAUCAACGACUUCCAUCAAUCGGGCAACUGGAACGUAGGGGUUGAUUUCAUAGAGGAAUUAAUCCGCGCCGCGGACUGUUUCGACUCGGACGAGUUGCAACUCGCUCAGGUGAUCCUAGACCGUUUGAACAACAGGAUGCGAUCCUCCUCCCCGUCGAAACCCGUCGGAAAGCCACUCCAGCGCGCCGCGGUUUAUUUCAAGGACGCUCUUCAAUCCCUCCUCAAUGGCUCUGAUACGGCGGCGCGCGAGUUCUCUUCCUCGUCCGACAUCGUCCAUACAAUCCGCGCCUACAAGAGCUUUUCCGGAAUUUCGCCGGUCCCGAUGUUCUCUCACUUCACAACAAACCAGGCCCUGCUCGAAGCCCUCAACGGAUCAGCCUUCAUCCACGUCAUCGACUUUGACAUCGGCCUGGGCGGCCAGUACGCUUCCCUAAUGAAAGAGCUCGCCGAGAAAGCUGACGUGGCGAGCCGAAAUAAAGGCAACCAGGUUAAAGCGCGUGGCGCGGCUAUCGUUUCAAACGGGGCGAAAUUGCAGUCGGGUGCAAGUGUUAUUAUAACGUCAGAUCGCGUGACGCCCUGGGAUAGUAUAGAUCAUCGUGGGUAUCAGUGCUUGUAG